UUCUCGGAUUUUGCUGUAUUUUUUUGUUGUUUCAGUUUGCUUACAUUAACUAUGAUACUCUUUUCUUUUAUUGUCUUUUCUCAUUUAACUAUUUUUUCAUUCCAUCUAUGCUAAGUAUUAGGGAUGCAGGCGGGGCGGGGAUGGGUCCCGGUUUGAUGGGUCAUGGGGCGGAUACGGGUAUAAAAUUUAUACCCACCACGGGGAUGGGAUGGGUUUUAGGUGAUACCCGCCCCAUCCCCGCCCCGGCCCGCCCCGUCUCAAGAUAUGUACAAAUUUUGGAAAACUCUAAAUUUUUUUUCAAAAUUUUUUUUUCAAAUUUUGGGAAAUCCUGAAUUUAUUUUCAAAUUUUGAGAAACUCCGGUUUAUAUUUAAAAAAAAAAAAUUAUUUUCAAAACCCUAAAUUUGGUUAAAUGCCUAAAUCUAAGUUGGGCCUUCUGAUUUCUGAAAUCCCGUCUUUAUAUGAUUAUGUGGUAAAGAUGGCGAAAGUAAUGUUAGAGAAAUAUAAGAAAUAUUGGGAUAGUAUGAAUGGUUUGAUGGGAGUUGCAACUAUACUUGAUCCUAGGUAUAAAAUGGCUCUUAUACGAUUUUAUUUUGCAAAGAUAUUUGAUAAAUAUGAGUAUGAUAGAGAGGUUAGCAGAAUUAGCAAUCUAUUAAGGAGAUUAGUUGAUGAAUAUGAGUCUAGGAGUGAGAAUACUCAAAGUAAGAGGCAACUACCUUCCAAUUUAGCAAGUGGUGGGAGUUCUUGUGAUGAUGUUGGUAUGGAAGAGUUUGCACAAUUUCUAGAGCGAGACAAAAAUCAAACUUAUGAAAAAUCUGAUUUGGAUAAGUAUUUGGAAAAUGCUAACAUACCACUUGAAGAUAAUUUUGAUAUUCUAAAUUGGUGGAAAACAAAUGGAAGCACAUACCCCGUUCUUCAACAAGUAGCACGGGAUAUUUUGAGUAUUCCUUCUUCCAUCCGGAUCAGCUUUUAGCACAAGUGGUAGAGUUCUUGAUCCUUAUCGUAAUCGACUACUACCUUAAGCCGUUGAAGCUUUAAUGUGUUCUCAAAAUUGGAUUUGGGCUGCCCUCAAAAGUUGUGGAGAAUUCAAGGACAAGAAUUUUGCUAAAAUUGGUUGAGAGUUGGAAGAAGAAUGCGAAAUGGAAUUGGAUAUUGAUUAGAUUAUUCUGGAUUGAUUUACUUUGGAUGAUUUUGAGUUGAUGUUGAAAUACUUUUGUUUUAGACAUGUAUAUUUGUUUGAGACUUUGGUUAUGUGUUUGUUUGAGACUUUCGAUAUGUGUUUGUUCGAGACUUUGGAUAUGUAAUUGUUUGAGACUUUGGAUGUGUGUUUGUU